GCGGAGCGUCCUGCACAGGGCGUGGGCGAGGGAGAGGAUACCGGGUGUUAUGCGGAGGGAGGUGUUGCGAGAUAUGGGGAGGGUGCGGGUGCCGCGGAGGAGGACGAGGCAGACGUUGACCUAGAGGUUGGCGUGGCAGAGGGGGAGCAGACACCGAGGGGAGAGGGGGGGCGUGCCGAAGUCCGAUCUGAUGGCUCAUCAGAGGGCGGUGGACUGGGAGCGGAAGUGCGGGAAGAAGGCCGUCCCGCCUGAGACGACAUGCACGCCGAGUUCUUCGAAGAGUGUUGUUCCUGAUAGAGCAAGCACGCCGGGUUCUUCGAAGAGGAAGGAGGGGGGUGCACAGCUUUCUGACACCAGUGCAGGGAAGAGGCUGCGGCAACAGAAAAUGACGGACACGUAUGGUGGCGAGUGGAUUGGUGAGUGGAGGAAGGCAUUCUUUCGUUGGGUGUAUUCCAACGGGAUUGCCUUCAAUGCCUUCCGCAACACGGCGUACCGGAACCUCCAGCAGGUUGCUCUUCGGCAACCUGAUGGAGCACCUCUUCCCGUGCUUCCAUCCUACAGCGAGAUCGCAGACAUGCGAACUAUGGAGAUCCACCGCGAGCAGUUGGCAGAGGAGUUGGAGGAGGUUAGGCAGUCCUUAUGGUUGAGUGGCGCCACCCUCCUCUCUGACGGGAGGAAGUCACGAGAUGGGCGACCGAUCGUGAACUUCCUCGCAGUUGGGUCUCGGGAGGUCAUCAUGUACACGACGAUCAACCGAGAGGGGGAGUCAGACGAUGCGGUGCACGUCCUGCAGAGAUGGGUCGCCAUCUUUCAUGCUUUCAGAUUCGGUGGCCCACAGCGGGUCAAUGCUAUAUGCACUGACUCCGCCUCUGCAUACGUGGGGGCUGCGAGGGCAUUGGCCUCGCCAUCUAUGACCCCUGAGCUGAGGAGGAUCACUUGGCUCCCGUGUUGCGUCCAUGUCUGCAACAAGUUAUUGUCAGACAUUGGCACGAUCUGCACCUCUUUAGUGGACACGAUCACGCCUGCCCGAGUUCUGGUGGUGUUUUUCAAAACCCACCAGGCCGCUCUCAGCUUCUUUCGGAAGCGGAGCGCGGCGUUGGGCCUCGUGCUUUCAUGCGAGAUGCGCUUUGCGUCCGUGUACUCCAUGUUGGAAAGGCUGCUCGCUCUGCAGGAUCGUUUGCAGGGCAUAAUGACAGCGGAGGACGGAUUGGACGUGGAGCCUGUGCCCUCGGGGACGAGGAGUGGGAUGACAGAGGAGGAGAUCGAGGAGCAGGCUGCCCUCAUUGUGCGCGAUCCCAUUGGAUCUUCUGCGCCGCCCCCUGUUGAGUCUGUUUUCGGUGCUCGUGCGACUAUCUUCCGCCUAUACCCUAGAGACGAUGACUCUGCGGACGAGAGGGAGUCGGAAGCAGCGGACGACCCGAUGCUUCCCAUCCCGCGUGAGAUUGAUGAGUUGCACGAGGGGGGCGACGUGCCCCGUCAGCUCGUUUUGGACCCGCGUGCAUCAAGCGACUUGGGGGAGAUGGGUGUUCAWAGCGGGGCACCACCGGUGGAGGAGAGGGAGAGACGAGCGGAGGAGCACGGAGCCGCCGGAGCGGGCGGAGUUGAGGGUACUCGGGGUAUGGAGGAGGAGGUAGCUGGAGUAGUGGGGGGUGUGGUGGAGGUAGAUGAUGGUGCGCAUGUCGAGAGAGAGAAGGCCAUGGUGAGGGUCGAUGAUGGUGAGCAGGUUGAGGGAGUGGAGGGCGUGCUGCCAUCGGAGGUUGAGAGAGAGGACGAUGUGGUGAGGACGCAGGAGGCGAUGAUGAGGGACGAUGAGGGAGAGGAGGCUGUAGCAGGGGUAGACGAGAGCGUGGCAUGGCUAGAUGAUGGUGAUGCCCAUGUUGAGAUGGAGGAGGAUGUGGCUGCUUUGGCAGCAGCAGCACGUGCUGCGCGUGAGCAGACUUCGCGCAGGAGCGGAGUACCUCGUACGAGUUCCAUGCCUCAGAUGAUGCCUGCCACGGGGGAUGCCGCGUUGGAGGAGUCUUCUGGAGCCGAGGGGUUGGAGAUGCCAUGCGGUUCUCGUCGUGAGAAGACAGUCGCAGAGGUGACUCAGGUGAGUGCUAGGCUUGUUCAGGUGAGGACGGGGGCUGCCCAUGUGAUCGUGGUGGAGGACGAUCCUGAGACGGAGCCUGCACGUGAGGAGGCCCCACAGAAGGGUGACGAGUACAGGGACAACGAGGAGCGUGAGGAGGAGGAGAGCGACAGCGGGGAUGAUGACAGCUACCACGACGACGACGACGAGCCCUCCCCUCCACCGCGGCAUGGUUCUCGUAGACGACGUGGCUCUCGUAGAGCACAUGAUGACGUAGACGACCCGUCCCCUCCAGGGCGGCGGGAGACGAGGAGUCGGAGGAGGCGAGGGUCAUCCGUUGCGAUAGCGCCGGGGCGAGGGAGUGUUUCGUCGACACGCAGCACGAGUGGGGCGAGGCAGAGAGGCAGUGGUAAGGCGAAGGGAAGUCGAUGGUAUUGACAGCUUUGUUCCCCUUCCAGUGCUUCCACGA